UCCUGCCGGUGCGUGGCGCUUUAAGGAGGCUCGCAGCCCGCCCACUUUUCCGCCGCCGCUCCUGACCCAGCCUCUGAACUUUUAAAGGGCGUCGCUCCUCUCCUUUCAUUUCCACCAAGUGUGGCGCGCCCAAUGUCUCUGUCCCGGAGAUGCCCUGCUGCAGCCGCGGCUGCUCUGCGGGUCCUGGGCGCCGCUCCGGCCCGGGCCAGCCUUCCCCGGCGAUGCUACUGCGUCCGCACCGCGCAGCGCCAGGGGCUGCUCUUCCGACAGCUCUUUGAAUCAGAGAGUUCCACAUAUACCUACUUGCUGGCAGAUUUGAAGACCAAGGAGGCGGUUCUAAUAGACCCAGUUCUGGAGACAGCCAAGAGGGAUUCGACACUGGUGAAGCAGCUUGGUCUGAAUUUAGUAUAUGCAGUCAACACUCACUGCCAUGCAGACCACAUCACAGGCACCGGAUUGCUGAAGAAGCUUCUCCCAGGCUGCCGAAGUGUCAUCUCCAAACAUAGUGGCGCCUCUGCUGACCUCCUAAUCCAGGAAGGGCACACCCUCAAAUUUGGGGAUUUUGCCCUGGAAGCUCGUUCCACCCCUGGGCACACAGACGGAUGCCUGACGUAUGUGCUGAAUGACAAAGGCAUGGCUUUCACUGGCGAUGCCUUGCUGAUCCGGGGCUGUGGACGGACAGACUUCCAGCAAGGCAAUCCAGAUACCCUGUAUCAGUCGGUCCACGAAAAAAUCUUCACACUCCCUGGCCACUGCCUAAUCUACCCUGCCCAUGACUAUACCGGCCAGACAGUGUCUACAGUAGAGGAAGAAAAAACCCUGAAUCCUCGCCUCACCUUGCCCCGAGAGGCCUUCGUUGAACUGAUGAACAACCUGAAUCUACCCAAGCCAAAACAAAUAGAUUUCGCAGUUCCUGCUAAUCUCAAGUGUGGGGUCCAAGAUGUAGCUGCCUAGGUGCACCUUCUGACUUCCCAAAGAUGACCUAAGGCAUCCCUUGCAGCAAUGGGAUGGUUUCAUGGCGUACAAACCAUCUCCUUGUUACACUCUGAAGGAAGAUGACAGUGAUUUAUUUGGAAAGAUGUGUGUGUCUUCAGAUACACCCUAACUUGGUUUGGUUCCUGAUCAUCCUGCCUAUUGUGAUCAUCAACCUCUUAAUUCCAGCUCCAUGACCUCAGUGGCCCACUUUUCUUUGUUGAUUUGCACUGGCUGGACAUUCCCAGCUCAACCAGGACCCACGUGAUGUUUUUGUUUUCCAAGUAUGCACUGUGUCAAGAUUUCUGCUGGGCCUCAAAAUUCCUUGCCAGAAGACAGAGUCUCUUGCACUGUGAAUGUUCUGAAAACUCGGGUUUUGUGCCUGAGAAACUCUUGUUGCUGAGAAAAAAUAAAAUGCAUUUGUUGUUA